AUGGACUCGUUCAUAAGGCCCGCACCUCCCAAACGCACGUCUAGCGGUGCUCGCCGCCGGCGCCUCGACGACGACGUCAGCAUCGCCUCAAGUGCCUCGAAUACAAAUCCAGCCAAGCGAUCGCGCAAGUCCAGCAGCACGGGCUUUGGAAGCACUGUGCGAAGCCAGCUCAACGCCAUCUAUCCACCUGGCUGCUGGCACUGUGGGGCUACCAUCACAGAGAUGGCUCAUGUCUUCGCCAAAGCAGACACGGCCUAUGCUCAGUGUCGCGACUAUGGCUUGGUUGAGGUUGCCCAUGUCGACGCCGCCGAGAAUGCGCUUCCUCUCUGUCCGCUCUGUCAUAGCGUAUUUGACAGAGACCCUCCGCUCCUUCUCGUUGUCCCGCACGACCUGGACUACUUCUGCCAUAUGGAGGAUAGAUGGCAACGUGCCUUCCACAAAACUCCUUGCCUCAGGCCGCCGCUCUCCGCCCACUAUCAAGACCACUGUCGUCAAGAACACAGCGCCUUGCACUCCCAAACUGUCUCAGCGAACCAGGUCCAUAGCCAAGCAAGCAUCACUGCCAGCGAGGGGUUGUGUGGUGGCCUCUAUGAUUGCUUCAUGGUGACGGACUAUCUGUCUUCCUUUGAAGAGGAGGGCGCCCGUCAACGUCGCCUGAAACACACGCGAAUUUGGUACGGAGAUCCAAGGGCUAUAAUCUGGCGCGCCAAGAAGAAAAUCAGCAGCAUCCCAGCUUUGCCUGAGCACCUUGACAGCGUGAAGGCUAAGAUAUUGCAUCUCGACUCCCUCUAUGACAAAGGCAACCGCCAGAUACGCGACCACCUCGAGCGGGGUUUACCACUCCUUCACGAUCAACGUCCGGAAGAUGACGACGACAGCAACAACAGCCGUGACCCCACGCGUUUCUCACACCUUGACCCAUACUCAGCACAACCACCUACAACGCGUACACCUCAGUCUCCCCCCGACCUCGAGUCGUCUCGCACUAACCCUCCCUUCUCAGACAUCGUCACGACAAGCAAUACUAAGACCCGCAAGCGCCAGCAGCUCACACCUUCUACCGAUACCAAUACAAGCUCACGGAAGCGCCUAAAGUGCGAUCCCUUACCCGCCGGUGCUGCUGUAUCAUCGAUAAACACCCAGCAGAUACAGCCACUAUGGCGAUGGGGGGGUCCAAUGGCGACUACGAAUCAGGUCAUAGAGUAUUGGAAAACCAUGUUUGCGCCAGCGAUUGUAGAGCAGCGUAUCGAUGGUAAAGUAGGCGCAGGCAUGCCGCGCGAACCCAGCAUCGUUAACAUCCGGCACGGACUCGAAGGAACCAUGUAG